GCGCAAUUGACUAAACUGUAGAGUGGAAAUCAGGGAUAUAUAUACCGGUCUUGCAGUCAAUUUCACCGAUCGAAGAUUGGAGUUUCUCCGAGGAAGCUCAUCGGUGAGCCGUUGUCCCUAAUCAUGGAGCAGUUAUCCGCUCAAUCCCGGGUACGGUCCGCGUCUGUACACUGUCAACAUCACCCCACGCGGGAAAAUAACGCAUUCGAUGAAGAAUGACAGGCUCCGAACUUUUUGAGACGCAGCUGACCGAUUGCACAAGUACCAUCGAGUCAGUUAGGGAGAACAUAGUUAUGUGGACGAACAUGGAUAGGAAAUUCCGCGAAUAUGAAAUAGUUAGUAGGGUUUUAUGAAAGGUAGGCCAAAUAGACCAGGUAAUAAUUGAGUUGUUGGGUGUUGCAAUGUAAAAGGUUUAUCUACCUGUGAACAUUAUUCGGAGGACCCCGCUUUGUAACGCUGGCUAUCGAAGGAACAAGGCAGUGCACCCAAGACAUACGAGGACUACUACGAGUUGCCGAGGAAUUCACAACUAGCUCAUAUAUAAGCAAGGUCAUCUAGUGUCUGAAUCUCCAGGACCAUCGUCUCACAAAGUGAAUUCUCAGGAACCAUCCGUAAUGGCUCAUCUCCCGAAGGUCCUUGCCGUUUGUAUUUUGGCGGGCAUCGCAUAUGCCUUCAACUAUGACCAGCCUUACCGUGGCCAAUACCAUUUCUCACCCCUGGAAAAUUGGAUGAAUGAUCCCAACGGGCUUCUAUAUCAUAAUGGCAUCUACCAUCUGUUCUUUCAGUACAACCCUGGCGGUAUUCAGUGGGGCAACCUAUCAUGGGGCCAUGCUACCAGUCGCGAUCUCACCCACUGGGAGGAGCAGCCCAUCGCCCUUCUGGCCCGUGGAUACGGAGGCAAUAACAUCACCGAGAUGUACUUCAGCGGAAGUGCUGUUGCCGAUGUGAACAACACAAGUGGCUUCGGAAAGAACGGCAAGGCACCCAUAGUAGCCAUGUACACUUCCUACUACCCCGUUACGCAGACGUUACCGAGUGGUCAGACCGUCCAGGAGGGCCAGCAGGCACAGUCCAUCGCGUAUAGUCUUGACGAUGGUAUGACAUGGACGACGUACGAUGCUGCUAAUCCAGUCAUUACAAACCCUCCCGAACCCUAUCAAGCUCAAUACCAGAACUUUCGGGAUCCCUUUGUGUUCUGGCACGAGGAGUCCCAAAAGUGGGUCGUUAUCAUAAGUCUUGCCGCUUUGCACAAGCUCGCGUUUUAUACUUCCGAUAACCUCAAAGACUGGAAGCUGGUGAGUGAAUUCGGCCCUUACAACGCGCAAGAUGGAGUGUGGGAGUGCCCAGGCCUUUUCAAGCUGCCUAUUGACGGGGGAAACUCCACGAAAUGGGUCCUCACGAGCGGACUGAAUCCCGGUGGACCCCCAGGCACCGUCGGCUCAGGAACCCAGUACUUUGUGGGAGAAUUUGACGGAAACACAUUCACUCCCAACGACGACACAGUAUAUCCGGGAAAUUCGACCGCCAACUGGAUGGACUGGGGCCCGGACUUCUAUGCUGCGGCCGGCUACAAUGGCCUUUCGCUUAACGACCACGUCCACAUCGGAUGGAUGAACAACUGGCAGUAUGGUGCAAACAUUCCCACAUAUCCCUGGCGCAGCGCCAUGGCCAUUCCUCGACACCUGGCUCUGAAAACCAUCUGCGGCAAAGCAACACUAGUACAACAGCCCCAGGAGGCGUGGUCUUCAAUCUUGAGCAAGAAUCCAGUCUAUUCGCGUACCUAUAACACCGUCCCGGUAGGCUCCACCAACGUGAGCACGACCGGAGAGAUGGUCAAGAUAGACUUGAGCUUCUCUGCUGCUUCAACGGCAUCAUCAUUUGCGAUCGCCCUCCGAGCCUCCGCCGACUUUAGUGAGCAGACCCUUGUUGGUUACGACUUUGUCAACAAGCAACUCUUUCUUGACCGCACCAAGUCCGGAGACGUGUCAUUCGAUCAGACAUUCGCGAGCGUCUAUCGUGGGCCUCUCACACCGGAUAACACUGGCAUGGUCAGCUUGAGCAUCUUUGUCGAUAGGUCCAGCGUCGAGGUGUUUGGUGGCCAGGGCGAGGCCACCCUGACGGCUCAGAUCUUUCCAAGUAAUGAUGCGGUUCACGCCCGCUUGCUGUCUACUGGUGGAGCUACUAAGAACGUUUACCUUGACAUUUACAAUGUUACUUCGACAUGGAAUUGAUCCCUUUUAGCUACUCAUGGCCGUGUGUGUGUCUUGAGAGGCAGGGAAUAUGUAGUUUAGGACCUCAGGGUCAACCUCUAGAACAGAAUACAACGGAUUCCUUUUCGGUUCAGGCACAAAGCAAAGUGCGGACAGUCAGGCAGCACCAAGUCCGAGU